UUUUUGAAAGUAAAUAUGAAGGGAACUGCUUGCUCUUUCUCUCUCUUUCUCUCUCUCUCUCACUCACUCACUCUCUCUCUCCGAAGGCUGGGUAACUGCAGUAUUACAGAUGAAGCCUGUGCUGCUCUGGCUUCAGCUUUCAGAACAAACCCAUCACACCUAAGAGAGUUGGAUCUGAGUGGGAAUAAAGUAGGAAACUCUGGAGUGAAGCACCUCUAUAAAUUAUUAACGCAUUCAAAGAGCCCUCUGGAAAAACUACAUCUUUCCUUCUGCAGUAUAAAAGAGGAAGGAUAUGCUGGUCUGGCUUCAGUUCUGAAAUCAAACCCCUCAUCACACCUGAUAGAGCUGGAUCUCAGAGGAAAUGAUCCUGGAAAUAUAGGAGUGAAGAUGCUCACUGAUCUAUUAGAGGAUCAUAACUGUAAACUGAAGACUCUGAGGUUGUUGAAAAGUUCUGCAGCAGAGGAAGUCUGUAAUUCUCUGACUAAAGUUCUAGGAAUAAACCCCUUACUGCAGAGAGAGCUGGAUCUGAGUGGAAAAAUAGGAGAUUCAGAAAUGAAUAAGAUCUCUGAUCUACUGCAGGAUUCACACUGCAGAACUCAGAAACUUAAGCUGAAUAAGAGCAGUAUUACAGAAAAAGUUUGUGCUGCUCUAUCAUCCGCUCUUUGUUCAAAUUAUUCACACCUGAUAGAGCUGGAUCUGAGUGAGAAUAAACUAGGAAACUCUGGAGUGAAGCAGAUCACCAAACUACUAAGUGAUUCAAACAGCAACCUUGAAAAGCUAAAUAUCUCAGACUGCAAUAUAACAGGCGCAGGAUAUGCUGAUCUGGCUUCAGCUCUGAAAUCAAACCCCUCAUCACACCUGAUAGAGCUGGAUCUCAGAGGGAACGAUCCUGGAGAUAAAGGAGUGGAGGAGCUCACUGAUUUACAAAAAGACCCAAAAUGUAAACUGAAGACAUUGAGACUGUUGAAAAGCAGUGAUGCAGAGAAAGCCUACAAUUGUCUUAAUAUGCUUCUGCGUAAAAACCCCUUACUGCAGAAAGAGUUAGAUCUGAGCAGGACUGAACUAAAAGACAUCAAAGUGCAGCAGCUGUGUGCUCUACUGGAGGAUCCACACUACAGACUGAAGAAACUUAAGCUGUAUAAAUCAGGCAAUAUUACAGAGAGAGAGUGUGCUGCUCUGAUUUCUGCUCUGAUUGUAAACCCCUCACACCUGAGAGAUCUGGAUCUGAAUGAGAAUAAACUAAAUGAAUCAGGAGUGCAGAAGCUCUGCAUUCUACUGAAGAAUCAUCUCUGUAAACUGGAGAAACUGACGCUAAAUAAGACCAGUAUUAAGGGCAAAGGCUGUGCUGAUCUGGCAUCAGCUCUUUCUUCAAAACCUUCACACCUAAGAGAGCUGGAUCUGAGUGAGAAUGAAAUUGAGGAUUUAGGAUUGAAGCAUUUUUGUGCUGUACUGAAGGCUCAGGAGUGUAAACUAGAAAAACUACUGCUAAAAAACUGUGGUAUAGAAGAGGAAGGCUGUGCUGCUCUGGCUGCAGCUCUGAAAUCAAACUCCUCACACCUGAAAGAGCUUAACCUGUGUGAAAACAAACUAGGAAUUUCAUUGAAUGAGCUUGCUGAAGUGCUGAAGAAUUCAGGAUGCAAGAUACAAUUGGACUCCACAUUUAUGACACGUAUUAAAGGAGGUUUAAAAUCAGUAUUUUCUUGGUUGGGAGGUACUGCUGAAAAAUCAAAAACAGUAGGUGAAACCAUGACUGUAAAGACAGAGAUGGAAACAGGAGGAGAAGAUACAGGUGACAAGCAAACAAUGGAAAUUGGAGUGGAUGAGGCAAACAGGCCAACAGUGCAGAGUGCCCAAGAGACCAGAACUGAACGUAACCCAGCGGUGGAGACUUCAGAGAGCAUGACGAUGGUAGCAGAUUCACUAAGAAAAUCCCAGAAACAGUUCACACACUAGAUCCACUCACAUCCACUCUGAAAAAAUAUGGAAACAAUGGAAAUUAAUGUGUUCAAUGAAUAAAACCUAUUUUACAAAUGUCAGAAAUAAAUCACAAAUCAUCUUCACUUUCUUGUUAUUACAGAUUCUACCCCAGCCCCCCAGGCAGGUGGUACAGCAGAAUUACCUGUGUUGCAAUGUGGUGCACUGAGCCCUCUUUUAUAGAAUCUUUUUACGGUUAUUUAUUUUAAUAUGUUAAUUGCUCACGCUGACUUUUAUUCUCUAUAAAAGAUGCACAGUACUUUCUUUGCUGGAUGAAACAUGUUUUUUUCAGAGUCAGUGUGCAGGCUCAUUCAGAGCUCAGUUAAGAUCAGUAAGAGCUUAUUAUUGCUUUGGUUAGUCAGAGUAACAGUACAGCGCCACUGCUGUGUGACUUGAUGUGUGAAGGGCUGUGUCUCAUGUCCUGACAGUAGUAUUGGAUCAUCUCUAAAGAGCACAUAUAUAAACCUUAUUAAGUUGACCAUUAUAAGACCUUAUUAUACAAUGGAGGAAAACAGUUGGUAUCACUGUUAGUCCUCUGAUUGUAUUCCAGUCAAAUUUAAUUUAAUGUAAUUUCCUUCAUCUGAUUAACAUAAGACUGCAUUGCUUGUCCAGCUGUAAUUGUUAUCAGAGAUGAUCUUACAAGAACUCAGAAAAGUGGAGGGUCUUCUGAAAGAAGAAUGAACUCUUGAGAUCUUUGUCUCUUUGAUGCUCCUUUUGUUCCAGGCUGGGUUGAUUCCUAAAUACAUCACAAAAGCUCUAGAGGAGACCCUUGACUACAGCUUUAAAAAGUGCUGUAUCAUUACCUUUGGAAACAUAUUUGAGCAAAAUGAUUAACUUACAAAAUUACAACUUAGAAAUAUGUUUCCUAUACUGUGAUCAAGUAUUACAUUAAAAAGAUUUUUUAGUACUGACAGCUAUGCCACUCUAAGACUACCAAGUCUUGAUUUGUAAAGAUCAACAGAGCAUUAGUUUUAUGCCUUGACGAGUGUCAUUUACAUCUUCAAUUUCUUCUUUAAAAAGAUGGGACAGUGUAAAGCGUUUUAUAUAUAUAUA